CUACAUCAGAUCAGUACUUGUGGAAGUUCGCGGUGUUUGGCUUGGUACGGGUAAUAUGUGGAGUGCCUUAUUAGGACAGUAACGAACUGAGGAAGGGCACCUCAUAAGUGCUGGCCAUGACAAGUGCUUAUAAGAUUGAACAUCGUCACAUGUGCGCUACAUAAUACGUAAAUUUCUUUCUUCCCGCAGGCAACUUACGUCUGGAGAAUUAUUACUCGGGUCUUGAGUGGAGCCUAUUUGGGGAAUCACCGAGUCUUCCUCGAGGCAGUCAAGUAUUGAUGGCCGGUUUCGUUGACCGGAACCAGUGUAUCAACCUCGCUAUCAUGAGCACUCCCAUCCCUAUCGGUAGCGAUACGCUGGGAUGGCCUCUCCCGGCUGUCCUCCAUGCCAUUACAGUGUCGCUACCAACCUGGUCUGAUAAUGUGGGGUAUCUCACUGGUCAAGAGGCCAUCGUCGAUGCGAUGUCGACAGGUUACCCUCGUUUUUUCAUCCAUCGAAGUAUUCAGAAGCUCGCAGAUAUUUGUCAAGAAAAAUUCGGUUCUUCCGAGGAACUUUGCCUUCUGUGCCCAACUCGAACAACUGCUGAGCACGGAAAGGAAUUUAUUCACGACCAAGCUUUGUUGGCCGGCAAGCCAUCUGAAGUUCGAAUCGUCCAUUAUGCCAUACAUCCAAUGGGAGACCCCCCUUCAACUUUAAAGGAGGCGUCGGGUCUCCCCAUAGUAUCACAAUCGGUUCCUCCGCAAUCUGCCGAAGUCUUCUCUUUAUUCUUUCAUGCCGACACUUAUAAAGUCGCAAGGCAGUUCUGGCAAAAUUGCGGCCUCGGCGUAUCGUCACGGUAUGCUGAGCACUGCCUAUCCAUCCUCGGGAUCCCUGGAUUUCCAAGGGUGCUGAGUUCGGAAUUUUUGCUUGCAUGUGGGAAGUCCGCCUCCAGGACUUUUGAGACGGAUUUGACCCCGAAACCUUUGGACACGUCGAAACUUCUAUUAACGACCGGAGCGGACGCGAAAGCUGCACUCCGUCAACGAAUAGCUAGCUAUUUUGUCCAUACUGAGUCACCCAUCGAUGCGAGGACAAACGUUUCUAAAGAUGAUGUUUUCCUUUAUCCGAGCGGAAUGUCAGCAUUGUGGAAUGCACACCAGCUCUUACUCGCAUCGCGUCCUUUGGGGAAAAGCGUUGUAUUUGGCUUCCCGUAUACCGACACCCUCAAAAUUCUCGAGAAAAGUGGUCCAGGCGCUAUAUUCUACGGACACGGUCGUGAUUGUGACAUUGAUGACCUGGACGCUACGCUCGCAAGAAAUGUAGCCGAGGAUCCUUCUGCGCCUCCCAUACUUGCUCUCUACACGGAAUGUCCGUCAAAUCCACGACUAUGUACCGUGAAUAUCCCGCGACUGCGCGCCUUGGCUGACAAAUAUGAUUUUUUAAUUAUUAUCGACGAGACCAUCGGAACAUUCGCCAACGUAGACGUCUUGCCUUACGCCGAUUUAAUCGCCACUAGCCUAUCAAAAUACGUGGGCGGAUAUGCAACCGCGCUCGGCGGGAGCCUGGUCAUCAAUCCCCGCAUGAGGCACCAUGCUCUGCUUAAGGAGCACCUGACAUCGACGUUUGAGGAUACCUACUUCGCUCCCGAUGCGAUUGUGAUGGAACGGAACUCACGCGACUUUUUCGAGCGCAUGCGCAUUAUAAACGCUAACACCGAGUACAUUUGCGACUUCCUCCGCACACACUCUAUUGAGGGCGGAGCAUCCGAAAGUGAAGACGCAGUUAUCAAGCAAGUGUGGUAUCCUAAAUACAUGACUCCGGAGAACUACCAAGUCUGUCGUCGAUGCCUGCCUGCUGGAGAACUAGAUCACGAGAACGGAGGUUAUGGGGGCUUGUUCUCGCUCACGUUCACAAGUUUGAAGGCCUCCCGCGCAUUCUACGAUGCACUAGAGGUCGCAAAAGGUCCGAGUCUCGGCACGACGUUCACGCUGACCUGUCCAUACACAUUGUUGGGCCACUUUUGGGAACUGGAAUUCGCGGCAGAGUAUGGGGUAGAGGAGGGCUUGGUGAGAGUAAGUAUCGGGACGGAAGAUAGAGAAGUGCUUCUUAGGGUUGUAAAUGCCGCGCUAAGGGCUGCCAAGUCCGCUUGAAUUUUGCAGGUGGUGAUGCCGUGGGAAUUUCCCGAAAAGGAAGUGCCACCGUCAGCAGGGAAGUGGUCGAGCAUUCGAGCGGGCCUCGCAGGGCAUCACGAAGUGAUGGUUCGGGCGGGAUGCUCGGGAGGACUCCAAGGGACUUUUUUCACGUCAUACAUAUGCUUAUCUACGCUCCUGGCUAGCGAAAAGUGGCAAAUUCGCACGUCGUAAAGUGCAAAAUCAAUUGAUAAGUGCACAAAGACUUUGCAC